AUGGCCAGACCGCAACAGCGAUAUAGAGGGGUCCGACAAAGGCAUUGGGGCUCGUGGGUGUCUGAAAUUCGCCAUCCUCUAUUGAAGACUAGAAUAUGGCUAGGCACGUUUGAAACAGCAGAGGAUGCAGCGAGAGCUUAUGAUGAAGCUGCAAGGCUUAUGUGUGGACCAAGGGCUAGGACCAACUUCCCUUAUAACCCAAAUGCAUCACAGUCGGCUUCAUCAAAGCUUCUCUCGGCAACUUUGACUGCAAAGUUGCACAGGUGCUAUAUGGCCUCAUUGCAAGUGACAAAGCAAACAUCACUUCAAGAACAAAAACAACAGCAACAAAAGGCACCAACUUCGCUUGUCAACACCCCCACCAAUGGCAUUGUCAUAAAAAGUGAGGAACUUGAUGCUUUAUUGCCAGAGAAAAGCCCAUUGCAAGCUCAAGAGGCAGAGGCAAACUGGGUGUACAAGAAAGUUCAAGUUGAUAACAGCCAGCAGUUCAUAAAAACUCUUGAAGAUCACCACAUUGAGCAAAUGAUUGAAGAGUUGCUUGAUUAUGGGUCUAUUGAGUUAUGUUCUGGGGUAACAACUCAGUAA